UCGGAUAAGCCUCUCAGAAACAGAACUACGACGGGGAACUACCAUUUUCAAAGAUGGCCGCCUGCUUACUUACGCGUGCUUUUAGGGGAAAGGGAGUUCCGUGUCUUAAGUAGACCACCGGCUUGAAUCCGGCCUUUUUGGUGUUGGACCCAGCUGGGGCGACUUUUCUCCUUUAAUAUUACCAAAGAUGUCUGAAGCAGGCAAUGAUCCUGGGAACCCUGGCUGCAGUCGGCCUACACUCUCAGCUGCACGAGGGUUAAUAGGGAGGAGGACUACUGCCCCCAUUACCCCUGGCCGUCUGCCUUCCAUCCGUUCCCGAGACCUUACCCUUGGUGGAGUGAAAAAGAAAACCUUUGCUCCCAAUAUAAUUAGCAGGAAGAUCAAAGAGGAGCCAAAAGAGGAUGUUUCCAUCAAGAAAGAGAAGAAGGAACGUGAUCGAGAUCGGCAGAGAGAUGGUCAUGGACGAGGCCGAGGGAGGCCAGAAGUCAUCCAGUCUCACUCCAUCUUUGAACAAGGACCAGCUGAAAUGAUGAAAAAGAGAGGUACCUGGGAUAAGACUGUGGACAUGUCUGAUUUUGGCCCAUCCCACAUCAUCAACAUAAAGAAGGAGAAAAGGGAGACGGAUGAGGAAACAAAGCAGAUCCUGCGCAUGUUGGAGAAGGAUGAUUUCCUCGAUGACCCAGGCUUAAAAAAUGACAUCCGCAACAAGCCUGUUCAGCUGCCCCUGGCCCAUUCUGGCUGGCUUUUCAAAGAGGAGGGUGAUGAUCAAGAGGAUGGAAAGCCUUUGAACUCCAGCACCAAGGAGGAGAUGAUGGAAGUGGACAUACCACCAGUGAAAGUGAAAGAGGAGCCCUACGAUGAAGAAGAGCCCCUGCCUGCUCGCAAACCAUCUCUUGCAAAAGCACCUCCUCCUUUCCCCCAGGACGUGUCCAUGGCAGAGCUGCUGCAGAAGCUGAGCUUCUGCAAGGAAGAUGAGUUGCUGUUCUUGCAGCUGCCAGAUACGCUGCCAGGGCAGCCACCCACCCACGAUACCAAGCCCAUCAAGACUGAGGUGCAAAAUGAGGAUGGGCAGAUGAUGAUGAUAAAGCAAGAGAAGAGCCAGGAAGCUAAAGAAGCUGAGAACAUUUGCACCCUGGGGGACCUAUCAGAAGGGCAAGUGGGGAAGCUGCUGAUCCGCAAAUCAGGGAAGGUGCAACUUGUGCUGGGCAGGGUGACCCUUGAUGUGACCACAGGGACUCCGUGCUCCUUUCUUCAGGAGCUGGUAUCAGUGGGCAUUGGAGACAACAGGAGUGGUGAGAUGAUUGUCCUGGGCCAUGUGAAGCACAAGCUGGUCUGUUCCCCAGACUUUGAGUCCUUGCUGGAACACAAGCAUCGGUAAAGAAUGAGCCAUGGCAAAGUCUUCUGGCCGUUUCUGAGGAGGUCUUAAGAACAGCGGUAUAGCUGUCCAGAAGUGCCUUUCUUUCUGAACCAAUGGAUGGAAUUUCCUAGAGAAGUCUAGCUGCACUCCAGUGAACUGGAACAGCAUGGCAUUUUAUUGCAUUAGGGCACCAAGAGCUGAAAUGCCUCUUGCAGGUGACAUUCCUUAAGGACAGUGGAAACCAAGGGUUGGAGCAGACCUAGCAGCUCUGGUUAGCAGGGUCAUUAUUUACAUGGCACAAGACUUAAUGUUGGCACGACCAUUCCCAAGAGUAAAAACCAGUGGGAGUAUUUGAAACCUGGAGCUGAGAGUGGCUGCUCGAUAGCUGUUUAAUGCAGAUGAAGGAGGAGUGGGUUGCCCCCAUUCCUAAUCCUUGUAUAAGGCCUUAAGGUGAAGCCUAGUCCUUCUGCUUCUCUAAUUAUUCCUUGCAGCCACACACUGGAGCUGAAGCAAAGGAGGAAGAUGAAGUGUAGGUGUGUGGGCAUAUUCCCAAGAAGCAGAAAUGAUGCAGUUCCCCCAAGACAUUCUCAUGAUGUACUCCCUAAGCCUUGAAGCCUGAGUCAGAAAUCUGCAUUUCAAAAUUCUCCCCUUUUGAGCAGAGGCAAAACUUUUGUGGGUUUUUUUUUAAAGUCUGCUUUCCAGGCUUUGGGACUUUUGCAGUGCCCACGUAAUGUGUGGCAAAAACCAUGCCAGGCUUCCUUGAACAUAUUAUGAGAUGAUACAAAGAUAAGCCAGAGAAAGAAGAGUUGCCUUGCUUUUGCUCCCAUCUGUUUGAAAUCACCCAGCACCAUAGCACUUGCCAUCCAUCUUUAAUGGUGGGAAUGGUGAUUUAGACAACAAAAGUGGUCUAGUCUUAUUUUCCCUAUUUUUGUCCCACCUGUCCAGGCACCAUAUGUGCAAAAUAGAUUGUCUCUUCCAGCAGCUGGGGGCGGGGAAGCAUACAGGGAGUUGUAGCAGAAUAAAUUUAUCACUAAUUGGGAAUUCUUGACACUAGUAAUCUCUUGAAGAUAGAAAAUUGUUCUUAUCAACAGCCUGGUUUUGAUUAAGGGCUGCCUUGCUGUUCCAUUUUAACCUAUUUUUUAAAAAAUCAUUGAGCAUGACAACUGCCAAGUUGCGGCUGAUUGGUUCCUUAUGAUGCCCAGAAAAGGAAGUGGUGCCAAAUGCUCACUGAGCAACCACUGAGAUCUCGAAGUAAUGUUGAGGAUUUUUUUUAAAAACCUGAGGGGUUUAUGAGGAAUUACAUGGAAACAGCUGAGUUUGUGACUAAAUAUGGGUAUAAUGUAAAGCCAAUUCCUUAUUUAAGCACUGUGAUCUUAAACAGGGACAGUCUCAUCAAGCAAGACAAGGUACUGGAAUAUCCACAACCCAAAUCUCAGCAUGUUUCUAUUACUAAAUAGCACCAUCAGGUGUUCUACUUUCUAUCUGGAUGCAUAGAAGGUUUACUCCUUCUCCACUAUGCCAUUUUCCUGACCUCAGUUGAUCCUUCUUGAAUCUUGUCCCACUGAGGCAAGGCAAAUAGUAACGAGGAGCGGGGGGAUUUGUAAAGGAAAGGUUCAAGCCAUUGCUCUGUCAUAUCAUGGCUCCAAUCUGAAAGGCUGCUAGUAGCAAUUAAAAAUGUGUGAAAUCUCUUUACAGAGUUACUUUGACCAUUGUUUGAUUGGUCUUUGAUUGUUGCAGUGCAUUGGUAAAGUUGUUAGAUUCUGCCAGGUGUCAAUAAAAUUACACUGAAUGCAA